AUGGCGCAACUGCGAAGCGUGAGUUCGGGAACGGACGUCCUCUCCAUGUCCGCAAGGUCGACGAGAGCUACGCUUCCUCAUGCAGCCGCACCGCCUGCCUACGUCUCAAUAGCCGAAGCCGAGAACUUAGUCUACGCAGAGAUUGAGCAGGCGGUCAAGAUCUCGAACGGCGCACUGCAAUUGCUCAAUGGGUUCCUCGAUCAAAUACUCUACGACAUUUUGGCGAAAUCGCAGUCGAUCACCCUGACCGCAAUCCGCGCCGCGAUCCCGCUAGUACUGAAACAGAGGUUGGGACGUGCUGCGAUAAAGGCCGGAGAUGAUGAACUGCAGGACUACUUGGAAGAAUAUGAGCUGGAAGAAAUCCAAAACACCGCACCUGUCCUUGAUCCUAGAUCUGAGUUCGAUGUCGACCUCGCCUGGAAACUCGCCAGACUACGAUGUAUGGUUUAUGCCAAGCUUGGAGAUAUGGAAGAAGAAGAUGAAGAGGACUAUCUCGAAGGCGAUGACGUGAGGGAUCAUUUAAAUCAGUUGAGGGAGGCGAACAAGGUUAUUGAUCGGAUCUUACCACCCACUGCCAUCUUCCUUACCACGGUACUGGAGUUCAUUGGUGAGCAAGCCCUGUGCAUAGCCGCUCAGCACGCGCGAAAGCGACACGCUCAUCUCAACGAUACCGCUCGGACAGCACCAAUCGGGCGAGCAGACAUCACCAUCUUGUUGGAAGAGAUAGACAUGUCGGGCAUAGGCAAAGAAGGACCUCUGAUCCGACUUUGGCGCUCGUGGAAGGGCAGUGUCCGCGCCGGUAGCACUACAUAUUCGCGCCCUACCACGCCCAACAUCUUGUCGCCCACGAGCCCUGAAUCACCCACGCAAGAAUGGAGAUUUCCUACUGCCCCAGCAAUCCCUCCGAUCAAGGAAGAGAGCCGAUCUGUUACCCCAGCCAACAUACCGCUGCCAGUUACUGACAAAGAUGUCGAAGAGAUUGAGGCGCCUGAAGGUGGAUCUACUGCCAAAGCGGAGGGCAAGAUCCAGCGCCCUGCCAUUGGAAAGCGGAAUUCCACAAAUAUGCUGAUCAUGCCUGGCCAAUAUCCAAAUUCCAAACCCCUGAAUGACAGUGCGGACAGGCCACAGAUGAGCAGAACAAGAUCACGAUCAGUACCGACUUCUCCGGUGCUUUCUCCAAGGACACCAUUAGAGCUUCCACGGAAAGACUCCAGCCCUAUCGGCGCUGCUAGCCCAAGUGAGCCACGCUUGCACCAUGGAGAUUCUCAACAGCGCAACGAGGAGGGCUCAUCUGGUCUACGCUCAACUGCAAUCGGUGCUACUGUUGCUACGAUUGCCGGCGCUCUCAGCGUGGAAGCAGCCAAGGUGUUCCGCAGGGAUCACCCAACAGACUCGGCCUCUCCCGCAUCUCCCGAGUCUGCCGUAGAACCUCACUCGUCCAUCAAUACGGCAAAUGACAUCGAACGACUGCACAGCCCUUUGCGAGCACCGACUGCUGUCACUGAUGUCGCAGAAAGAGAGACGCAGGAGGUCGCGUCCGAAGCGGAAGAUCCGGCAUUGGGCUUAAGCGCUGACGAGGGGACUGACGUGGACACCGAGCGAAUAAAUCCUAGGGAUUCUGGAUUCGGAGUUGCUGGGGCUGAGGACGAGAUGCCUCAGCACGGCGACGUGGCAAAUGCCGUCUAUGAGCCAUCAACCAUCGACCACACACCUAACGACGAAGUUGGAGCUCAGGGUGAUGCGUUUGCCCCAAGCACGCGAUCUUCCAACGUUGGAUAUGCGACAAUCUUUCAGACACCGGACAUGAAUGCCGGCUACAGCAGUUCGAACUCGACUCGCAACUCCGGCCCAGGAAUGGCUCGUCCCGAAGAACCCGCUGCUGCGAUGAAAGCGAGCACAACAGCCGGUGGACCCGUAUCUUCUGCAUGGCCUGCCGUUAUUCCAAAUCGGAGGUCCUCGUUGGAGCAAAGGGAACCAGAACAGUCCAACGCUCGCCUCGUUAACCAGUUUACACAAUCCCUGUCACACCAACAGAUGAUGGAGCAACCGGUCCCUCGCUUCGCAACAUCCGCAUAUGCGCGUUCAAGGAGCGCUAGCGCGAACCAAGGGAGACCUUCGACUUCUGGUUCUUCGACAGCUCGACGACAACACCUUCGACUUCGGUCAGAAGAUGCCGAGGUACGACAGCGCGAGGAUCUAGACAGAGCAAAGAAGAGUCUCGAUCUUCUAAUUGACAGCGACGAAACGCUGCAUUAUACGCUGACGCCCGCAUCCGCUACAGUGGGAGGCAGACUAAAGGCCCGAAGUCAAACUCAGGCAUUAGCGGACUUCUUCAGCGAUACGGCACCUCCCGAACAAGACAUGCGGCCGAAGUCCUCUCGUUCCGCAAAGGGUAGUCUAAACGGUCUUCGAGCGAACCCUCCAACCCCAGUCACAGUCAAAGCGCCACCAAGUCAACCGCCUGUGCCCUCGCCUUCUAGGCCUAGGAAUCCUGUAGGCGAGCCACGCGAGGCCAGGAUGGUGCGCAAUAACACUCGAGACCUUGCCGACUACGCACGGUCCACGGGUCCCGAAAACGAGGCACAGCUUCCCAAGUCGCUUGGCCCUCGCCCUUCUACCGCCCAGGGGACGAAGACAGACUUUUCUCUGAGAGAAAAGGCUCUCGCUGAGGACAAUCGUCCUGACACAGCCAAGACUGCUAAUCGCUUGAAAUAUCAGGCACGAGACGCGAAAGUGCCCAGAACUGCCGAUAGUUCGGACCUGAUCGAUUUUAUCAGAGAAGGUCCUCCACGGGCGCCUGGAGAACAUCGGAUCGAUCGCCACGUGGCACCAUUCCGAACGACAAUGGAUUCUGACGAUCUCAACGCGCUAGCACCUCCUCCAGAGCUUGAUCCGAAGCCACGUAAUUCGGAGGCAAGUGUACCAGAAAGUGCCAUCACGGCCAAAUCGAUGCCAUCGUCUCUGAAUUCGCGGACGGGUCUACUUGACUCAACAAACCGUGUGGCUAGCAAGCCUAUGAAUGGCGUAAAUGCUGUUUCGAAACAACCAGCCAUCCCCGAGGCAGAUGGUAUGCCCAAAAGAACACGAAGACGGGUUCGGGACCCAUAUGCCAUUGAUUACAGCGAUGAAGAGGAUGAAGUGGAACAAUUCGAGGCACCGCCGAGGAGGAGGACCGAUGAAGAGUCACUAGUUGACUUCUUACGCAAUACCGCGCCGCCUCCGGGGAUGGCCACGCUCCCAAUCCUCGCUGCAGUCCCUGGUCCAACGCAACCGGACGCGUCCAACAUGCUGAAACGAUCGGCUAGUGGCUCCAAGUUGAAGGAUUUCUUACCCGGGGGGCAAUCAGCCAACAAGAACAACGGGGACGCAAAUGGCACCGGAGCAACACCUGCUUCGCGUCCCGUCAACAUAGCACGAGCGUCCUCUCCACAUCUCACACAAGCGGGAUCGAAGCUGGACAAAUACAAACCAACAACUCCGACACACGCAGCACAUGUUGACCGAAACCGCACGCAGACGAAAGCUCGAGUUGAGCCAAGAGGUGCGUCGGGCAUCUCGAACGGCGGCAGUACGGCAGAUCUUGCAGCGUUCCUCAAAGACUCGAGACCGCCGCCUGGGAUGAAUGAGAAGCCAGUGCAGAAGUUCAAUACUUCCUUGCAGAGGGACCAGGCUGGGUUUAUGAAGUUCUUUCAGAGGAGGGGAAGUGUGAGAAAAUGA